AUGGAACCAGCUUGCAAAUACGACUUCGCAACGAGUGUCCUCUUUACAGAGGCAGAACUACACACUCGCAUGCGCGGUGUGGCGCAGCGUAUUGCCGAUGACUACAGCAACUGCAAUUUGAAGCCACUUGAAAAUCCUCUGGUAAUUGUGUCUGUAUUGAAGGGCAGCUUCGUCUUCACUGCUGACAUGGUUCGCAUUCUUGGUGAUUUUGGCGUCCCCACACGUGUGGAAUUCCUACGGGCCUCGUCAUAUGGUCACGAUACUAAAAGUUGUGGUCGAGUUGACGUGAAGGCUGACGGUCUUUGUGACAUCCGCGGCAAACAUGUCCUUGUUUUGGAGGAUAUACUUGAUACUGCGCUGACGUUGAGGGAAGUGGUGGACAGCUUGAAAAAGAGCGAACCCGCGAGCAUUAAAACCCUCGUGGCUAUCGACAAACCCGGUGGACGUAAAAUACCUUUCACUGCGGAAUACGUUGUGGCGGAUGUUCCCAAUGUGUUCGUGGUUGGCUACGGGUUGGAUUACGACCAAUCAUACCGUGAGGUGCGUGAUGUUGUAAUCCUAAAACCGAGCGUGUAUGAAACAUGGGGAAAGGAACUUGAGCGGAGGAAGGCCGCUGGAGAAGCCAAGCGGUAA